AUGGCUCCGGACACGCCUCCGGACCAAGAACCUUUUCCCAUCUCGUAUGUAGCGGGUCGCUACCUGCUCUUCGACCCACCAACUGUCGCGUAUGCGCGCCGUAGGCACAACGUCAUCGGUGUGCUUAUUGGCACGAUACCCAACCUCAGCCAGCAGAAUGUCUUCCUUGGUAUUCCGCUCGAGCUCCAGCCUGAAGAGGCACGCGUCCUAGUUGAGCAGGGUCAUGCCUACAUCGUUGACGAUGCGGCUGUGCACCGCGAUGGCUUCCUGGAGAUGAGUCGGGAGGACAGACUGGCGUACCUCAGAGACAUGGACGAGAAGGGGGCGGAAAUCAGUCGCGAGGUCGUCCGUCGCGCGAAGGAGAAGAGUGAGCAGGCGUUGCGAGAGAAAGGGCUGCGUCCGAGCAAGAAGAUCAACGAGACAACCUCCACCAAUGCUGAUUCAUCGUUGUUCGACGCGGAUGAACAAACAGGCCCCGUCGUAAAAGCCCCCGAAAAGAGACUAGAGCCUACGUACAUCACGCCGACAACGUCAUACCCACCCUUGUCUAGGCCCCAGCCUUCGCAUGCUUUAGGGUUUCCAGAAGUGCCGAAGAGUUUCCCGCUGUUCCGAUAUCUGCAUGGUAAAGGUUACUUCAUGAUGCCGGGUCUGCGCUUUGGCUGCCACUACUCUGUCUAUCCGGGUGAUCCAUUGCGCUUCCACAGCCAUUUCCUCGCCACGGGAUUGGGCUGGGACGAGGAGUUCGAUUUGCUCGACAUCGUUGGAGGCGGACGUUUGGGCACGGGCGUGAAGAAGGCAUACCUCAUCGGAGGAGAGGAGAAGGGUGGCAAGAAGAAGGCGGAGGACAUACUAACGCUGUCUAUGCCGUCAUGGAAUCCGGCAUUGCGACCGAACAAGGAGGAUGAGAAGAAGCCACGCGUGGACGUGGAGCCUGUGAGGGCGUUUUCGAUCGAGUGGGCUGGGUUGUGA